AUGGGCAUUGAUGCCGAUAUCGACGAGGCCGCAAGAAGCAAGGUCGACGAAAGGCUGAAAGACAGUAUCUUCUGUCCAGUUUGCAAAUUAAUUUUGGAGGACCCUGUUAAUCUUAAUUGCUGCGGAGGUCACCUGUGCUCCAAAUGCCGCGAUGGUGUUCUACGGACCGGGUAUUCGAACUGCCCGUUUUGCCGAAAGCCGAACUUCACUGCCACAAAGGGGCGAUUAAUGGUGGAUGUUUUGAGCACUCUCAAGCUUAUUUGCCCUAAUACAGACUGUCGAUCUUCUAUUCCCUACGAAAAGUACGAAGAGCACAAGAAGAACUGCCUGGCACUUCAUGAGAAAAAAUGCCCAGAGUGCGAGCAGACUACUUCGUUGAGCAAGUUCCACGAGCAUUUUAAGUGUUUCGAGAAAAUGGCGGCUAAAAAUGCUGCUACGAAAGAAGAAAAUGCAUCUCUGAAAACGAGACUAACGGAAGCGGAGGAGCGACUCGCAGGAAUGACUGACGGCGGCGUGCCAUUCACGGCGGUGGUCGAUGAAAUGAAUUGGGAUGGGGAUGUGGAGACCACAAGAGAUGGCACAUCCGAGCCGGAGGGUCAGAAACAAUUGAUGAAGCACAAGUGGAUUGGUGGUAAAAAUGUACGAUACAAUGUCACUUUACUGUAA